AGCCGUUAGCCUUGAAAAAGAAGCGCUCAGCGGCUUUGCAGCGAUGGGGUUCUGGAACUUCGCGGCGACCACCCAGUUCUUCCUCUAUGGCAAGCGCCACUUCACCAGAACUGGCUGGGAAAGUCACAAGGCCAAGUACGAGCAGCCGGAGCUGCUGGAGACGGUCGAUCUAAAGGGCCAGGUCUUCAUUGUGACGGGCGCCAACUCUGGCAUCGGCAAGGAGAUCUCGCAGUUCCUGGCGACCAAAGGGGCGAAUGUCUACAUGAUCUGCCGAAGCAAGGAGCGAGCAGAGGCGGCAAAAGCAGAGAUCGUGGCAGCAGGAAAUGCGGAGGGCCGGGUCCACGUGCUACUGGCGGACCUCAGCCUCGAGGCGGACGUGCGCCGCGUGUGGGACGAGUUCUGCGCGCACCGCAUGCAGCAAGGCAGUGACGGAGUGCACCUGAACGGCUUGGUCUGCAAUGCAGGCGCCUUGUCCAACUCGAAGACGCUGACCUCGGAGGGGGUGGAGCUCACCUUCGCGGCGCACCUGCUCUUUGGCACGUAUCUGCUGGGAUCUCUGGCUAUGCCCUGCUUGGAAGCCACACAGCAGUCCAGAUUGGUGGUGGUGAGCAGCGGUGGCAUGUACAACAGCGCCUUCCCCUCCUGGGAGGACGCCACAGCCACAGGCAGCAGCAAGUAUGACGGUCAGUUCGCCUACGCCUACGCCAAGAGGGGGCAGAUCCUACUCUGCGAGGAGUGGGCCAGGAUGUACCCCCAGGUGAAGGUGGUCAGCUGCCACCCGGGCUGGACCUCCACCCCCGGGGUGGACGCGGCCUACGGCACUAGCCAGUCCUAUUUGGAGCCGCUGCGCACGCUGUGGCAGGGUGCCGAGGGCAUCAUUUGGCUGCUGGUGGCGGACGCGGCCAAGCUGAAGUCGGGUGAGUUCUAUUUGGACCGAGAGCCGCAGGUGAAGCACAUGGGAGGCGCCUUCUUCACAGAGGGCUCCGUCACCAAGAACUCCCCCGGGGAGGUGGCCGACAUGAUGCGCCUGCUGGAGGACUGGGCCAACGACCGCCGGGACUCCGCGAAGCGCGUGGCCUCGGCCCCGCUCAAGGCCAUGGACCAGCCCAUCGAGCUUCCUAAGUUCAUGGGCAAGUGGUACGUCAUUGCCAACAUCCCAACCUACUUUGACAAGGGGACUUCGGACAAUGUGGAGAACUACAGCCUGGAUGACUCAGGAAAGACAGUCAUGGUGGAUUUCACCUACAAGCAGGCGGACAGAUGCCAGGGCACCUCGAGCAAGCUUCUGCAGCAGAAAGCUGAGGUUGUCAAUGACAAGUGCACGCAGUGGGCCAUCUCGCCGAAGAUAGGCUUCUUCAUUCCCCUGCGGCUAGCCUACUUGAUCGUGGACUGUGCAGAGGACUACUCCACCACCAUCAUCGGAGUGCCGGACCGGAGAUACCUCUGGAUCAUGGCGCGCACGCCCACCUUGCCCGAGGAGAAGUUGGUGGAGCUCAUCGACAAGAGCCGCGCCAUGGGCUUUGACACAACACAGAUCGUGCGGGUGCCCCAGAACAGCUGAUGCGCACGCUUGGCGCGCCGACUGGUGCAGUCUGUACAAAGGCAACUUUUUUUAGCUUCCUGCCCCUGGCUGCACUUGGCAGCAACGGGGCGGCCAUUUUCUACCCCCUCAGCCGGAGUGCACGCUGGACUUUACCCGGCUCGUCCUUUUCUGGCUGAACAGACCCGAUGGCUAUGAAUUGGCUCGUGGGCUUGUGGUGCCAACCUGAGGGUGGAGAGAGAGAGUCAGAG